AUGAUUCAAGUUCACCCUGUCGCAAGCGACAGAGCCGCUCCUCAUACAUCCGAAAAAGAUGCAGCUCUGGCAGUUGUCAGCGAUGUAGCCCAGGAGAUCGACCCGGUAGUGGCAAGAAGAGUCGUGCGCAAGAUCGACCUCUAUCUUAUGCCCGCUAUGCUCAUUGGUUACGGAAUGGUGUACUAUGACAAGGCUAUCUUGGGAAGCGCCACUCUGUUUGGCAUGACCUCUGACUUAGCUUUGUCAGUCAAAGACUAUUCCACUUCUCCUCCCACGGUCGAUACUUCGCGGCUCAGCUGGGCAACUUCCAUCUUCUACUUUGGAAUGCUUGCAGGUCUCUACCCAAUGACAUUCAUUCUGCAGAGAUUUAAUGUCCGAACUGUUCUUGGCCCUGUCGUAUUAAUUUGGGCCAUUGUUUGCGCUGCAACGGCAGGAGUAUCAACUUGGCAAGGUCUUUACGUCCAGCGGUUCUUCCUUGGCUUCAUUGAAAGUGUGAUACCCACUGGCUUCAUGACUAUUGUUAGUGGUUAUUACACCCAAGAAGAGCAAGCAUUGAGACAAGCUUGGUGGUUCUCAGGAACUGGCUGGUUCACAAUCAUUGGGAGUGCCUUAAAUUACGGCUUUGGUCAGAUUACGUCUGGGGCUUUGAAAAGAUGGCAGUAUAUCUACAUUCUUGCUGGUGCCUUGACCUUCCUGUUCGGACUGUGGUGCUGCACCAUGCCAAACUCCCCCGUCUCGGCGUGGUUCUUGACUUCCGAGGAACGGGCCGUGGCCGUGGAGCGACUACGGAAGGGUCAAACUGGAGUGAGGUGCCAAACCAUCAAACUGGAUCAGAUUAAAGAGUGUCUGACCGACGUCAAAAUUUACUUGGUGGCUAUUAUGAUGGCAGCUGCGUAUACUAUCAAUGGUGCUAUCUCUGGGUUUGGCCCCCUUAUUGUCUCAACUUUCGGCUAUGAUACCCUCGAUUCAAUUUUAUUCCAGUUCCCGGUUGGUGGCGUUUGUGUCAUUUUCAUUCCGCUUUGUGGCUACAUCUCUACUGUCGUCCCGAAUACGCGCAUACCGAUGCUUAUCACCUGCUGCUUGCCCGUGAUUGCUGGCUGUGUGAUGAUCUGGAAAUCCCAAUGGGGAUACCACCCUGUCACACCAGUGGUCGGUUAUGCAUUGACCGGUUUCUUUGGUCCAGUGGUCAGUUUGAUCAUCACAGUUGGAGCUAGCAAUGUUGCUGGUGCCACAAAGAAGACGGUUAUGGCAGCAACUGUAUUUGUUGCUUAUACUGUCGGCAACAUUAUCGGCCCGCAGUUGGUCAAAAGCAAUACCAAGGCACAGCAUUAUCCUGAACUGUGGACGGGUAUGAUCAUAUGUUACUGUAUUACGAUAGCCGCCGCAGUUGUGUUGUAUCUCGUGCUUCGACGCGAAAACCGAAUCAGGGAGGCGUUGGAGUUGGAUGAAGUGCAACGCGACAAGAUUGCAUUCGAUGAUCUUACUGACAAGCAAAACCCUUUCUUCCGCUAUGCACUAUAG